AUGGCUUACUCUGAAUUUCUCCUGGGAUUAAGGCAUAAUGGUUUUAAAUUUGACUUGGUAAGGAAAAAGAUUCGGACAUACGCAGGUGUUUUACGAGAAGCCGAAGCUUAUAUUGAAGCGGCGGACUUUUGUUCGCUCAUAAAAUUAGAAGCACCGGCCGACCAAAAGAAAGAAGGAAAAAAGAGAAAAGAAGUCUGGGUGGCCGAUGGCCAGCCGCAGAAGUCCAAGAAGGUCAAGACGUACGAGCCCCAGUAUGAGUUCAAUAAGGACUGUUAUUCUAUCUUGAUGGAAAUCAUGGAUAAGUUUGAGUUCGAAAAGCCACAGCCGCUGAGAGGCCCGACUCAAUACAAGAACAAGAACAAGUAUUUUCAUUACCACAAGGACGUGGGACAUGACACGAACGAUUGUAUCAAUUUGAAGAGACUGUUGGACAAGUUAGCCGAGAAGGGCAUGCUGAAUUCUUAUGUAAUGAAGUCCAAAUUUACUUACACACGGAAAAAUAACACUUCCGAGAAAAGACAGAAAAAUGAUAAGAACAAAGACAAGGAAGAUGAUGGGAAUAGCACUGAUUCAGGCUUUGCCGUGAUAUCAGGAGGAUUCGCCUCAGGCGGCCCAACCAUGAAAGGGAUCAAGCAGGACGCCUGGAACUUGGGAAAGGUGAUGCAAGCAGAUACAAUAAAGGCCGAACCCUUUCCCAAAGUAAUCAUCAGUGAGGCCGACCGGGGGGAGGUCAAAGCCCUGCACAAUGAUCCCAUGGUAUUCAUUAUGAAGAUAACCAAUUUGAAGGUCGGACGAAUAUUGAUUGAUACGGGUAGCUCGGCUGACAUUAUCAGCCAAGCCGCCUUGAAGAAUCUAAGCUUCCCAGAGGAUGCUCUUCAGGACAUCACUCACCCGUUGGUAGGAUUUGGGGGGAAUGUUAUCCACCCGGUGGGAAGGAUAGACCUACCCGUCCGCUUUGGGCAAAAAGGGGAAGGAAGAGAUAUGGUUGUCCGCUUCCUGGUCGUAAAAGAGCUGACUGGAUAUAAUGUCAUACUCGGCCGUCCUACGCUGAAUGCAGCCAAAGCAGUCAUUGUACCUCAUCUAAUGCUGCUAAAGUUCGAGAGGACGGACGAAAAAAUUGGGACAAUCCAAGGGAGUCAGAAGAUGGCUAAGGAAUGUAAUCAAUUGGAUGUCAAGCCCAAAGCACGCGGACCAAAAGUGUCCGAGCCAAAAGAAGAAGGAACCUCACUCCCAGCAUACCAGGUCGGCCAGAAGCGUAAGGCUACCAAGAUAGAACAAGCAUAG